AAGAACCUGCAUCACACUUUCCGCGCCAGAACCAAGACCAAAAAAAUUGAGUGGAGCCUUCCCAAGCUUCAUCUGAAAUUUUUCCAUCGCCAGCCCACCCUCGAUCUUUCCUUUCGCAGCCGCGCACAACGAACCGGACUGUGCCUCGCGAGGAAGCCACGACGCCAAUCGAAUAGAGCGAGACCAGAAGGAAGGAACCAAAACUAAUUCACAAUGUCGCUCUUUGUGCUUGCCGAGACGCCGGCAGGCUAUGGCCUGUUCAAGGCUACUGAUAAGAAGAUGCUCAAGAACGAGGAACUCGCUGCUGAGCUUGGACGACCUGAGAAGGUCGUUGAGAUGCUCAAGCUCAAGAAGUUUGUCAAGUUCGACAGCGCCGCUACCGCUCUCGAAGAAGCUGCGUCUCUCAAGGAGGGCAAGGUCCCUGAGCUUCUCACCCAACUCCUCGACGACCUGAAGUCCGAGAAGAAGGCUUCGCUCGCCGUCGCCGAUAUGAAGCUGGGCACUGCCAUCUCUAACAUGCCCUCGCUCAACAUUUCUCCUGUUUCUGGCUCCAACACCAUGGACCUUUUCCGUGGCAUUCGAGGUGGAUUGCCCAACCUUAUCCCUGGUCUGCUCGAGGAGAACUUUGACCGCAUGGCCCUGGGUCUUUCUCACUCCAUGUCGCGUCACAAGCUCAAGUUCUCUGCCGAUAAGGUCGACUCCAUGAUCAUCCAGGCUAUUAAGCUUCUCGACGACCUCGACAAGGAGCUCAACGUCUACGCUAUGCGAACCAAGGAGUGGUACGGAUGGCACUUCCCUGAGAUGGCCAAGAUUCUCAACGACAACUUGGCUUACGCUCGCGUCAUUCUUGCUGUUGGCAUGCGCACCAACAUUGCCGAUAGCGACCUCUCUGAGAUUCUUCCCGAGGAGAUUGAGACUUCCAUCAAGGCUGCCGCCGAGAUCAGCAUGGGUACCGAGAUCACCGAUGAGGAUCUUGACAACAUUAAGCUCCUGGCUGACCAGGUCAUUGUCUACUCCAACUACCGAACACAGCUGUCCUCGUACCUCGAGAGCCGCAUGCGCGCUAUCGCUCCCAACCUGACUGCUCUCGUCGGCUACCUCGUCGGUGCACGUCUCAUUGCCCACGCUGGCUCUCUCAUCAGCUUGGCCAAGUCUCCUGGUUCCACCAUCCAGAUUCUCGGUGCCGAGAAGGCUCUCUUCCGCGCUCUCAAGACUAAGCACGAUACACCUAAGUACGGUCUCAUCUACCACUCUUCACUCAUCGGUCAGGCGACCGGCCGAAACAAGGGUAAGAUCGCUCGUAUGCUGUCUGCCAAGGCUGCUCUAGGUCUCCGUGUCGAUGCCCUAGGUGAUGCCGAAGACGACGCUGAUGAGGAGGAGCGCGCUAUCCUUGGUCUCAGCAACCGCAUCAAGCUUGAGAACCACCUCCGCAAGCUCGAGGGCAAGCCUCUUCUACCCAAGGGCGCCAACGUCACCCCCUCUGGUGAGAUUGUUGGUGCUGGUCAGUUCACUCUCAAGGAGACCCGCCGAUACAACGGUGACGCCGAUGGUGUUGCUGAUGAUGAGGAGACCAACGAAGCUACCCCCGCAAAGAAGCUCAAGAAGGCCAAGAAGCUCAUCGAGGAGGUUGACGAGGAGAUGAAGGAUGCUGAGGAUGACAGCGACGACGAGGCUGCCACUCCUGGCAAGCCCAAGAAGCUCUCCGAGGCCGAUUACGAGCGCCUUGCCGAGGAGGCCGGUAUCUCAGUCAAGAAGUUCAAGCGCAAGUACGAGCGAGGUGACGUUGAGCUGAACGCCGAUGGCACACCCAAGGUCAUCAGCAAGAAGGAACUCAAGAAGCUGCGAAAGGCCGAGGAGAAGGCUACACCUUCCAAGUCGCAACCCGCCGCCGAAGAGACUGAUGGCAAGAAGAAGCGCAAGCACGACGACUCAGAAGACGAGGAGCCCAAGAAGGAGAAGAAGCAGAAGAAGAAGAAGCGACACUCUGAGGCUUAGAGACCCUCAAGUAAACGUCCACGGCGCAAGUCGUGACGAUGCUGAAUCGGACACAAUUGUAGGACUUUGAGGUUAACCAAUCUCAUCCUACCUGCUUUACUCGUACUCGUCUAAACACUGACGACGAACCCGCUCCAAAACGAAAGAUCAUAUUUCAAGUCAACCCAACAACAGACUAUUGGACGGUUCCCGAUGUGUAGAUAUAUGAUACCUGAGAGACUCCUGGCAUGGCAUCUUCUGCCCGCACCUUGUUUCCUGGCUGGCUGGCGUUUGGGUGGAGGGCAUAUUGGCGUGAUUUGGUUUUAUCCCUUUUUCGUAUUUUCAACUUGACCCUCUGUCCCCUCCCCGUCCCCUGGGUGGAUGCGCGGUGACUUCUGGAGAGGAAUUACUAUGCUUUGAUGUAUCAUUACGGGAGGGUGAACAGAGGGAUAUAGAAGAGAAAAUUGUCAAGUUUAAAAGUUAAUCCUCAAGUUUGGCCUGCCCUGGAUAUUGUGAUUGCUAAAUGAGUUGAAAUCGUGAUCAUGAAUCGUCGAGCAACGUGAUAUCUAGUCCAUUUUCUAUAUAUACGAGUGGGUUGAAGUAUUUGUUGAUGGUCAUCGUAUCGUAGAAGAGGUACAAAGAUCAAGACUAUCCUAAAUUUACCUAAACGUACUAAAGUUACCUAAGUUAAGUAAAUCUAGCAUAAAACUCAGGCAAUUUUAGGGUCCAUGAAUUUUGAAGCUUUUAGUUGUUUUUAUGUUCUGAGGCCAGCCACCCCAAGUUUCUCAGGCCACUACAGCCGGCAGAGUCUUCAGGCACACAAUCAGACGAAACACUUUCACCAACACAGCAAUAUCAGAAGGAAAAGGGUAUAUUCAUAGCGAUUGGGUAUUUUCCAUGACGUUAAGGGAUCAUUCAGAAACCAUCCUCAUUAAAUGCUCAUCUGAGCAAACCAAGGGUAUCCAUCACCAAAAAGAAGAGGCACAAGACACCACCCCUAUCCACCACCACUCCCUCGAUAGAAGAAGAAAGUAGAAUACAUACACUAAAAGUGAAGAAGCGCAAUGAGCGGUGGCGAUUGUUGUUGAGAUGGGUAUCAGAGUGCAGCGUCGAAAGCAAAAACGUGACAGGUCAUUCAGUUGAGUUAGACGGGCAAAGCUGGGGUGUAGCUCUGAUGAAGACGAGAAGAGAGCAGUCGAGGCAAUGCUUCCGAAAUCAAGUAGACCAGGCUAGAACCCGAAACGGGAACCCUCAAGCGUUAGCCCAUUGCCUCAAGUGAUACGCACGAGGGAAGAACGCCGUGAUUAGAUGUUCUCCACGACGCGGGCGUUCAUGGCCUGUUGGAAACCUGGGUCCUGACCUCCAAAGUCAUUUUCGUUAUCCAGGGCACGAGCGCUGGAUUCGCCAGUCUGGUUGGCCAUGGCGGCGUUGAGAGCGUUGCCCAUGGUCUGAUUAGCAGCAGGUAAGAAGAUAACCUUGCUAUUAGCAGACUUGGCCAUGGCUUGCAUAGCCUCGAGGUAUCGGAUCUGCAUGGCAGGAGCCGAACUCAGGAUAUCGGCAGCUUGUCGCAUAAGCUUGGCGGAUUCGACCUAGGAGGAGUAUGUUAGUCAUAUGUGACCAAGUGAAAAAUGAGGUAGAAUGUUACCUCAGCCUUAGCGGCAAUGAUCUUGCUUUCACCGAUACGCUUGCUCUGAGCAGCCAUAGAGAGUGACUCCUGCAGCUCCUGACUGAAGACAAUGUCCUUGAUGAGCAUGCUCUCAACCUGAACACCCCAUCCAGCGGCGACGUCUUCAAUGAUUUCUCCAAUGGACUGAGCAAUCUCUUCACGGCGCUCGAUGACAUCCUGAAGAACGCGAGCACCGACGACGUGCCGGAGAGUGGUCUGAGUGCGCUCCAUGAGAGCCUGCUUCACGUUAUUGAUACCGAAAGCAGCCUUGUGAGGGGAGACAAUGUGGUAGUAGAUAACUGAGGUCAAGCGAAGAGUAACGUUGUCCUUCGUCAUGCAAAUCUGCUCGGGCACCUCUGUGGUCUGAAUCUUUACAUCGAUCUGAAUAAGUCGCUCGCUGAGAGGGUUGAUAUUAACCAGACCAGGAUCGACGGCCUUGUAGAACUUUCCGAACUUCGUGACGAGGCCGACGUUACCCUGGUUGACCUCCUUGAAGGGGUUGGGGCAGAUGAUGCAGCAGGGAACGGCACCCAUGGUUCCAAUGAUAGUUCCGAGAGCGUUCACUAGAGGUUUUAGCCGAAGUGUCAAUAUCAUGAUUUCCUUGAUACUCACUCAUCGAACCAUACCAGCCCUUGGGGUUGGCAUCGUUCUCAACAACAGUCGCAUAACUGCGCUGGAGAUCUUCUUUCUUGGGAGGCUCAACUGCCAUCUUGUGCUGUGCCAUGAAGCCUCCGUUGCCCUCCAUCACAGGAGCCUUAGUUGGGUUUGCGGAAGAGCUUCCGCCGUUGAUCAUGCCCUCAGUGGACGACAUUGUGGAUUGUGAAGUGUGCUGUGUUGAUUCGAGAAAUGGUUUACUUGAAAGUUGUUUAGGGUUGAUCAAAGAAGUUGCAAGAUACCCGAUGAUCAAUGUUGUUUUGUUAGGUGAUGGAAUGUCAGUGACAAGAUGCAAAUGUUUCACGUUGGAGGCGGGGAGAGGGUGUUAUUUAAUGUUGUCGGGCAGGUUCAACCCACCCUCAA